CGUCAACGUCCAAAAGAUUUUCCCCUUUUUUUCAAUUAAGCAGUUCCCCUCCUCCCUAAAUCCUAGCAGCAAAACCCUACGCUGCAUUACUCCUUCAAACAACCGCCGUCUCAUGGAUAUGGAUUCCCCACCUCAAACUCCGAUCCCUCUCUACGAGACCACAACCGCUCUUUCUCUUCCCCCCACCACCCCCAAUCGAUCUCCUCUCUCCGAUUCUCUCGAGCCUUACUCCGUCUUCCGCAAUGAGAUUUCUCUAUCUUCUGCAAAUUGCGCUGCCGUAGACUCUGCCGCGCCUGAUUUCUUCUCUCUUGAUCUUGGCGGCGCUAGUGAACAGGAAUCUGAGCCAAAGACACCGAGUCGGGCACCCGAAUUCACUCCAAAAACUAAGUUGCAGUCGCCUUUGGAGCCUAGUCUGGAAGGCAGUUGGUUUAGAGGGAACAGUAGGUUUAGGAGUCCUAUGCUACAAUUACAUAAAGAAAUUGUAGAUUUCUGUGAUUUUCUCUCUCCUACACCUGAGGAACAAGCUGCACGCGAUUCAGCAGUAAAAUGUGUUUUCAGUGUUAUCAAAUACAUAUGGCCUAAUUGUAAGGUAGAAGUUUUUGGUUCGUACAAGACAGGACUUUAUCUUCCAACAAGCGAUAUAGAUGUUGUGAUUCUGGGUUCGGGUAUAAAAUACCCUCAGAUCGGUUUGCAGGCUCUUUCAAGGGCAUUGUCUCAAAAGGGUAUUGCAAAAAAGAUUCAGGUGAUUGCAAAGGCUCGUGUGCCAAUUGUCAAAUUCAUAGAAAGACAAAGUGGUGUUUCAUUUGAUAUAAGUUUUGACGUGGAUAAUGGACCAAAGGCUGCUAAAUUUAUUAAGGAUGCAGUGUCCAAAUGGCCUGCCCUACGGCCAUUAUGUUUGAUCUUGAAGUUGUUUUUACAACAAAGAGAACUCAAUGAGGUAUACUCUGGUGGCGUAGGUUCUUAUGCUCUACUUGCAAUGCUCAUGGCAAUGUUAAAGAAUCUGAGAAAGUGCCAAUCUUCUUUAGAAGAUAAUUUGGGAGUCCUCUUGUUACACUUUUUUGACUUUUAUGGACGCAAAUUGAAUACCAAAGAUGUCGGUGUAUCUUGCAAUGGGGCUGGCACCUUCUUUUCAAAGCACAGGAAAGGGUUUAUGAACAAGGGACGUCCAUUUCUCAUCGCCAUUGAAGAUCCACAGGCACCAGACAACGACAUUGGGAAGAACUCAUUUAAUUACUUUCAGAUUAGGUCAGCCUUUUCUAUGGCAUUUUCAACAUUGUCGAAUCCAAAGACCAUCUUAAGCUUAGGCCCAAACAGGAGCAUUCUCGGCACCAUAAUUAGACCAGACCCUGUUUUGCUGCAGCGGAAAGGGGGAUGCAAUGGGGAGGUGACUUUCACUGCCCUGCUGCCUGGAGCCGGGGAACCGGUACAGUCACAUGAUGACGAUCACCAGGAGAUUUUGGGUAACUGGUUGUUAGAUGAUGAAGAAGAACUGCCACGGGGAGGGGGAGAAACGGGAGAUGGUGAUGCACAAUCGUCUGGGAAGAAGAGGAAAUCUUCUUCCAAAGGCAAGUCCUUUAAGAAAAAAGAAAAUGGUGAUGCUGGGAAUCUCAGACGUGAAGAAAGUGGGUCAAGAAGAGAAAGGAAGAAACAACGUUGGAGACAUAACCGAGAUGAUGCCAAUGGAUUUAGCAAUAACAUUGGAGCUCCGUGGCGCCAUUAAAAACACAUUCGCUGCAAGGUAUUGGGAUGUCUGUGGUGACAUUAUUACUCAUCAACCAUCUAUGCUGUGGUUUAUUUUCUCCCCUGCACAGAUGGUUCUCUCAUAACCCAUGUAAUCAGUGUCAGGGACCGUUCACUGUUCAAACUUGCUGCUAAUGGCGUGUCAAACACCGGCGGAAGUGAAUUACACCAGUGAUUGUCUGGUGGGUACAAAGCUCUAUUUUAUUAGAAACUAGCUGGAUCAAUUCAUUAAAUUCAACUCAAUUCAAAUCAACAAAAUUGAUUAUUAAUUAGCAAUCGGUUAAAUAGAAAUGCUGAAUUUAUUUAGAUGUUUGAUUCACUUUGUAUAGACUUUUAUUAGUAAAUUAAUAAAUAAUUAUUUUAUAUUCAA